AUGAUAAGCGCACCAACUAUCGUGUUUUCAUUGAAAUGUCUCUCAAGUGUUGGCACAGAAUUAUGCCUGAGCCGCAUGAGAAGAGCUGCAGGUCCAAGUCAAGACAUUGGCUUUGUUGCAGCUCAAGAAGUGACUUUUCAAGCCACUUCAUGGCCUGCAUUGGCUGUCAUUUGUUGGAUGAGUAUUGAUUCCCGAGCCCGAGCCAGGCGAACCCAGGUCAAGGGUGUCGCGUCGUAUUGUCUUGCUCGCGAAAAUGACGCCCGCAACAAACGCGCAUCUAUUAGCGGGCGCGAGUUUUUCUCCGACUGUGCCACAAACACAGCUGCACAAUUUACACAAAGCCACAGAAAUGUUCUGUUCGACAAUUUAAAACAUUCACAGUAG